GCGCUCUCUCUCUCUCUCUCUUCACUUUGGACCAGUCCAGUUCCAGCUGCAAACCCACACUUGCUCGCCAAUCUUAAGAAAGAAUAAGGGAGCAGAAGGAGAAUGCAUCAGACUUCUGGCAGGUGUGAAAAGCAACAUUGUUCCUGGAUGGAAUUGAGUUAGGAUGAGGCCAAACUGCCCACAUCUCCUGCUUUUCAAGGCAAGUCUCCUAGGUAGCAAAGAAGGCUGUGUUGCUGACUGGGUCUCCCCAUGGCUGAGAAGCAGGUCCAGGGGCUGGAAGCCGAAUGCCCCAUCUGCUGGAACCCUUACGACAACACUUUCCGCACCCCCAAGGUCCUUCAGUGCCAACAUUCCUUCUGCAUUGAGUGCCUGGCUCAUCUCAGCUUGGUGUCCCCGGCCCAGAACCGCUUGCAGUGCCCACUCUGCCGCCACCCUACCGUCCUCCCCUCCGACCAGCCUGUCACUGAGCUGCCCACCAACGAUGCCAUCCUACGCCUGCUGCGCCUGGAGCCCAACCACAUCAUCCUGGAGGGCCGGCAGCUGUGCUUGAAGGAGCAGCGCAAGAGCAGGUACUUCCUCCGUCAGCCCAGGAUCUACACCUUGGACCUUGGCCCAGUGACAGAUCCCAGCAUUGAGAGCUACCGUGAGCAAAGCCGCCCGGCCAGCACUACCACUGCCGCCACAACCCUGCCCAACCGCCACCGCUCCCCAAUGUGGGCCUGUGCCUGCAACCCCCAGCUCCGGAUUUUCACCUACCUAAUGGCUGUCAUCUUAAGCGUGACUUUACUACUCAUCUUCUCCAUCUUUUGGACCAGGCAGUUCUUUUGGGGGUGGGGGUGACAGGGACCAGCAGCCUCCUCAGGCAGAAGAUGCUGGGAGCAUGGUACAGGUGGUUGGCAAGCAGCAACCAAGUGUUGGGAGGACUAUCUUGUAUGUGCCACACAGCCUGCCUUGAGUUCUCUAAGUCAGCUCAAGUGUGCUGGAAGACAUUGCCCAGAGUUAUGAUUUAAGACUCAAAGCUCUGUCAGAUUCUGCCUAUCAAACAAGAGAGAGACUGCCAAUUGUCCUUCGCUCCAGACAGCAAAAUGGUUUGGACUGCCACUGGGUCCCAGGAUUUGACCUCGAGGGUUACUUGUGAGCUUUAAAAUAGGAAUGCGGAUAAGGACAUGACAAGGCAGUGGGAGCAUUUCAGCGAACAAAUUCACUGCUUCUUAAGUUGGCUAAAGUGGCAAAAGGGUGAAAAUGGAUAAUGGGAAUAUAGCAGGUGUGGAGAGGAGAGCUUUUCUCAUUCCAGGUGUUGCUGAACUACAACUCCCAUCAUCUCUGGUCAUGAUGGGAGCUGUAACACAACGUCUGGAGGGCCCAACCUUCCCCAUACUUGGAGUAAAGGGACAUAGGAAUCUGCCUUAGUCAGGCCAUUGGUCCAUCUAGCUCCAUAUUGUCUACAGAGUGGCAGCUCUCCAGGGUUUCAGGCAGUGGUCUGUCUCUCUUAUUCCUACCUGGAGAUUCUGGGGAUUGAACCUGGAAGCUUCUGCAUGUAAGACUCUACCACUGAGCUAUGCCGACCCUCCAAACCGGCAUCUUCCCCUGUGCCAAAUGCCUCUGCUGCAGCCAAUGAAGAGUUCCCAACAUCCAGAGAACACUGACUGCACUGCUGAAUGUGGAACCACCAAGGCUGCAGAUCUUAACUGUCCUCUGUCCAGGCUUGGAGAUGGUCCUCUAUGUACUCACAU